CUCUGGCAGUUUGACACACGCUCCGAACCACUGAUGCGAAACAAAAGAUUCGUAAAGGUUUUGAAGCUUCAUGAAGUAGUCCAUCGAAAUUCGCCGGUCAACACUACCUCAACAAUCGGGUGUUUCAGUCUAUUUUUUUGGUCUAUGCUUUCCUGCAUAGUCUGCUUUGACGCAGAGUGGCGCAUCUAGCUCGUGCAGAGACUCUAGUUUCCUCCUCUGACGCGUUUCUGCUGCUUACUGGAAGAUUACAGGCGCCAUCUUGGAUCAGGAGAGGUUUUUAAACUGGAAAAAGUCAAAGAGCAGAAAAGAAAAACAACUAUUAUACGUCUGCAAACCCGUCCGUUCGGGCCUGCGGUGAGGAUGACACUCGGUUUAAAUUCAUGACAUCGGUUUUAAAGUACUUUUGAAAGACUCGAACGGAGGUAAAACCGCACUGGAAAAACAAACAAACAUUGGACAGGGAGAUUUUUCUCUGCAGCUGAGAAAGUUGUUUUGUGUUUGUUCGCUCGCAAGAGAACACAUUUGCCUCUAAGAUAUGACAUCAACGGAUCCAGAUAUGACUGAGGUCUCUUCACUGUCGAAGGCCAACAACAAGCGACAAGCCAGCUCUGACUUUGAAGACGACGAGGGAAGUAAAUUGUUCAGGUGUGAUGAUGACGGAGGUGGAUCGAAUGACAAGGAGAGAUUUGCCAGGGAGAACCACAGCGAGAUUGAGCGGAGGCGGAGAAAUAAGAUGACCGCGUACAUCACAGAGCUGUCAGACAUGGUGCCCACCUGCAGCGCACUGGCACGCAAACCGGACAAGCUCACCAUCUUGCGCAUGGCUGUGUCACACAUGAAGUCUCUCAGAGGGAGCGGCAACACCAGCACCGAUGGAGCCUAUAAACCGUCCUUUCUCACAGACCAGAUGUGGAGUAUGCCCAGUAGAGCCAGUAUCCAUGAACAGACUCAACUUCCUGAGAAGCAGAAACAGGAAUGGAUUGGGUCCUCCUAAGGACGGUGAACCGCAGUAUGUGGUUGUGCACUGCACAGGCUUCAUCAAAUCCUGGCCUCCUGCAGGAGUGACUCUCACUGAAGAGGAGGCUGAUAAUAAUCAGGGAAAUCGAUAUUGCCUAGUCGCCAUCGGAAGACUACAGGUCACCUGUUGCCCAGGCGACAAAAACAUAAAUAACAUCAGCGUUCCAGUGGAGUUUAUUUCCCGCCACAACUGCCAGGGCAUGUACACCUUUGUGGAUCACCGCUGUCUAGCAACAGUGGGCUACCAACCUCAGGAGUUACUGGGGAAGAACGUUCUGGAGUUUGCACACCCAGAAGACCAAGGCUUAGUGCAAGACAGCCUUCAGCAGGUGGUGAAACUGCGAGGUCAGGUGCUUUCGGUGAUGUUCCGGUUCCAGUCUAAAUCCCGUGAGUGGAUCUGGAUGAGAAUGAGCUCCUUCACCUUCCAGAAUCCUUUCUCUGAAGAGAUCGAGUACAUCAUCUCCACCAACGCCAAUGUCAAUAGAGGUCCGAAUCAGGAUUCCCUGUCCCCCCUUUCCUCCCCGGGGGUGUCACUGCCCCCUUCUCUGGGGCAGAGCAGUCCUAACUGCCCCUCCACACCCAGCCCAGGUCAAGUCUCAGCCAGGCAGUUGCAGCAGCAGCAGGAGUUAGACGGAGGGAUCGGCAGAGAUGCAGCCUAUGAUGCCAAUCAGGUCACUCUUCCUCAGGUUCCUGUGCCGACUGUAGGUGUAGUCAGUGCUGAUCACAACUCUAAGCCUGUGUCAUCCAGUGCCUCCAGUGGACAGCAGGUUUACCCACCAGCAGCGUCUUUCCCCAGUACUGCACGUCCCAGUGAGCCCUUCAGGUCAGCAGCGAUGGCCCAGCAGAUGGUGCCGGUGUCUCAUUCAGCAGGUCAGAUGCUGGCGCAGAUGUCCCGUCAGAGCACGCCCUCUGGAGUCCCCGUCAGCAACAACAGCCCCAUCCAGGCCCCAGCGGGACCCUCAGCGCUGCCUGGAGUCUGGUCUGCCACACGACCUCCCUUCAACACACAGCAGAUGGCAGGUCAAGUUGGGAAAAGUCCAUCAUCUCAGUUUAACAUGGGUGGUUUCAACUCCGCCCCAACAUCUUCCACUUCCUUUGGCCAGAUGGGCGGAGCUUCUGCUUCAAUGGCAAACUCGUCAAGUUACCAACAAAUGAACAAUCACACCACCCCCUCAACUAAUGGAUAUGGUGACGUCAGUCAGAUGGCAGCGCAGUUCAGCUCCAGGCCAGCAGAGGGAACUGCGACAACAGGGUGGCAGCAGUGGCAAAACCAGCCACACACACAAGGCACUGCAGACACACACCCGCAAAACCACCAGCCAGAGAUGUUUCCAGAUGUUCUCUCCAUAUUGGAUCAGACCGGCAGCUUCGGGAACGAUGACUUUGGAGAGAUGCCCAUGUUUCCUCCUUUCCCCGAGUGAUCCUGCUUUUCUCUGUCAGUUCCUUCACUCACUGUUGCUCUCUUAUGUGCCAUUUCUUACUCUUUUAACCAAAUGGACAGCAGGGUCGGACAGAAUGGAGGCACGGGGGGAUCUAGCGCAAGAGACGGAUGUGUUGUGAGAAUGGAAGUUAUAAGCCAUAACGUGAGGAUACAGGAGGGAGACAGAAACAGCGUAGCGCACAGACAGGCGGGCGUUAUUGAAACGUGUUCACUUUAAAACCACGCACACUUGCACACCUCUAGCACAAGCGGUCCCACACUGUCUCUGCCAUAUACGCACAUACAUUGAUUAUUUUUUUUUGUUGGUGACAAGGAGGGUUAGUUUGCCCUAUAAACACACACACAUAUGCACGCACACAUAGGCAGUCUCGUCUGUCUGUCUCUGACUGUGAUUGUGUACCGAUUGCACUGCGUCUUUCUAAUGCCAUGUGACGUUUUGAUCCCGAUGAUAAAAUGUGUCAGUAAAGUCGUUCAGAAAUACGUCCAGAUCAGAUGUGUUGGUCGGGUUCGUUGAUGUCUGUAAAGCAGAAGCAUGUUUUUUUUUUUGUUCGCGUUUUUAAGAGCUGCUUUUUUGAAGAACAGGCUCCCUUUCAGUGGAUGACUUGGAAUUUGAAUUGAAUUGGCCUGACAGGAUGUUGAAUCGGAAAGACAGGAAGAUCAGCCUAAAUCGAUUGGAAUUUUGCACAUUAAAGGCUGGCAUUUACUUACUUUUAUGAGUUUCUUUCUUCUGCUGAACACAAAAGAUGAUAUUUUGAAGAAUGUUGGUGACCAGAAAGUUGAUGGACCCCAUUAGUAUGUAUAUGCAAGUCACUUGAGACCCAAAACAUUGUCCUUCACUGUCACCAUCCCACAGGUAGGACGUUUGCCACUAUAUUUUUA